AUGCUUAAGCAAUUACGCGCAAAGCUCAAACUUAAAGUGCGAGGUCAAAAACAUGACGAAGAGGCUGUGGUCUCCAGCACAGAUGACGAAAAUGCCGUGGGCACGAAGGUCGACAUUGAUGCGACGUCCACUCGAGGCGCAGAUAUUGAUACUCCCCAAAGAGAAAACCUAUGGGUAGUCGCCGGAGAAAGACUAGAUGAGAAAUACCGCAAUACCCUGGAUUUAGAGAGUGCUGGCCCUGUCAUGAACUCCAUCGACGAUUUGAUCAAGACAACUGAGGAAAAAUACCGCGAGUACAAGGAAGGGGGGCUCAAAAUUCGCAAGCGUGGUGGGGGCCAUAUAAAUGUUCAAGAUUCUGCGAAGAAUAUUAUUCUCUAUGCACUACAGGCACAGGAUCUCGUCAAAAAACUGGUUUCUUUCGAUCCGACUGGCCAUGCAUCGACUGCAUGGUCAGUUGGUUCGAUUAGUAUCACAUUGAUCAAGAAUGACAUUAAGCGUCGAGACAAUAUUUUUGAGGCAUCGGAGUACCUCGCACGCAUCCUUUCAUACUACGCAAUAAUUGACAAUAAGUAUCGAGAAAGAGGAGUGGAAAGCGACCAAGGCCUAGACGAUGCACUGCUUGAAGUCUACGCUGCAGUUCUUGAGUACACAGCAGAGGUGAAAAAGGCAGUAGAUGAAAGCGACGCUGUCGGAUGUGGCAAAUCGGUCCUCUGUUCUACAAUUAUCCAAGACAUCAAGACACUCUGUGCAUCUGAUCCAUCGAGAAGGUUCGCCUAUUGGUACUUCCAGUUCAACAAUGAUGCAACACAAAAGGUGUACAAUAUGACCAGAUCGAUAUUACGUCAACUAAUGCCGCGCACUUUUCCCGGGUCUCUGGUCAACCUCUGGGAAGAUCAUAGCCACCGCGGCAGUAAGCGACAACUGCAGAAGUUUGCAGAUAUCCUCGACAUUGUUUUGGAAGAUUCUCAGGGCAAGUCCUUUCUUAUCCUUGAUGCUAUGGACGAGUGCCCAGCGACAGAACACGAAGGACGGAGUUCUCUUUUAGAAUUCAUGGAAGACCUGUCGCGCAAACAUCCCUCCAAGCUACACAUCCUCGCUACAAGUCGACCAGAACCUGAUAUACGCUUAAUGUUGAAGCAAUAUGAGAGCGUUGAUCUAAGGUUGGAUUAG